GACAGCAGAUACAACACGAAAAUAUAUUAACGUAUUUUAAGCGAAACCACUGGCUAAUCAAAAUGUAACGAAAACCAAAGCGGAAGUUUCGAUUUUAUAAGACACCUGAAACAUACAUCACAAUCAGAGAGCAUUCAUUUGCACGAGCAGUAUAAAUGAACGACACUUUUUGGUCACAAGAUUUACAGUCCAGUCCAGCAAUUAACAGCUAGGUACAAAAUCAGACAACAACGACACACACUUUUUGGCCACACGCAUACGUGCAUACGCAUGUACAUAUAUAAAUUUGGACUCAACACUCACUCUCCCACAUGUCUCUUCCCAACGCUACCACAUAAGUCUUAGCAGAAGCAGAUCCAACUGUUUUAACGUGUUCAAACCAGCAGCACAAACGUCAAUCGAUUGUACAUAUACGUACAUAUACGUUAAUUUUUAAAAUGGCAGAGGAAGAUUCCAUUGCACGUGUCGAAAGAACCGAGCUUCCAGCUCCAAUGAUAUCACGAAAGGAAGUCAGUAUCUGGGCCAUUCUCAAGAAUUGCAUUGGAAAGGAUUUAAGCAAAAUUACCAUGCCGGUAAUGUUAAAUGAACCCCUGAGCUUUCUCCAGAGGCUGUGCGAAUAUAUGGAGUAUGCACAACUGUUGACACAAGCAGCACGACAGGAGACUCCAGAAGACCGAAUGAAAUAUGUUGCAGCUUUUGCCGUUUCUGCUUUGGCUUCAAACUGGGAGCGACUCGGAAAACCAUUUAACCCCCUUUUGGGGGAAACGUACGAAUUGCAGAGGGACGACUAUCGAAUUGUUUGUGAGCAGGUCUCUCACCAUCCUCCGGUUUCUGCAUUUCACGCAGAGUCCAAUGAUUUUAAAUUCCAUGGUUCUAUUAACCCAAAAAUAAAGUUAUGGGGAAAGAGUGUCGAAGUAAAUCCCAAAGGCACGGUCACCAUUGAGUUUCCAAAAUGGAAGGAAUCUUACACCUGGACUAAUGUUAACUGUUGCGUGCACAACAUUAUAGUCGGAAAGCUUUGGAUCGAGCAGUAUGGAAAGAUGGUGAUAACAAAUCAUUCUACCGGUCACGUCGCGAACCUAACAUUCAAAUCAGCUGGGUCUGGGGCCAAACACUUGCACCGAGUUGAGGGCUUUGUACGAGAUUCCAGUGAAAAGAAUAUAUUCUUCCUGUAUGGUAAAUGGACAGACUUUAUCAAAUGCUGCUCUGCGGAAUCCUAUGCGCAGUAUAUAAAGCAGGGCACCAGAAGAAAUGACGAUGGUGAGUCCGCUGAUUCACCGAAUGGAACCCCGAAGAGGAUGUUUUCCAAAUUGAACAGCUUCAAGCUGAGCUCUUUUCGCAGCAUGUCCAUUCAAGAUAACGACAGCAUUCCACCUCAAGAGCAAGAGACAAAUGACAUACCAAAGAGCGACUCUGCAUAUUCGCUUGAUGUACCAGACUCCACAGUAUUAUGGAGUUGCAAGCCACGACCUUCCAACUGCGACGAGUACUACCAAUUUACGAAUUUUGCGCUGCAGCUUAAUGCAAUGGAUAGAAAUAUGAAACCACCGCUAACACUUUGCCCUACCGACUCGCGUCUGCGACCUGAUAUAUUAUACCUAGAAGACGGAAAUUUAGAUGGUGCAGCAAAGGAGAAGACUCGUCUAGAGGAAAAACAAAGACACACUCGCAAGCAUCGAAAAACCACCAAUGUCGAUGAUUGGACACCGAGAUGGUUUAAGAGUGUAACCAACCCCCACACCAAAAGUGAAGAUUGGAACUAUAUUGGAGGAUAUUGGGAUCGUAAAUACGACAACGCCAAUACAAUAUUUUAGAAAAAUUUUAGAGUAUACAUGUGAUUACGUAUUAUAUAUUGUAUUUGUAUAAAGUUUGUGAGGUGUAUUCACUAAGCAAUCGUUGGUAACUGGAUGUACGAGUAUGUACAUGGUACACGGCUCAAGUCAGACAAUUGCGUUGAAUGAAGCACGUAAUCGCAUAUGAUACGAGCUUUUGGCAUACCUAAAAACACAAUCCAGUCGCACAAGCAUCCAUUGAUUGUUUUAAAGCAACUAUUAAGUUACAGCUUACUUUUCGUAGUCAAAUAUAUAUCUAUGUGUGUAGGUGUUAAUUAUCUGACAAUUCCAUAUGAUGCAAAUAAAAAUGUUAUUCAGU